AUGUUUCAUUUGUUCACAGUUCCACCGGACAUAGUCAGCGAUGACACCUCAUCAGAUGUCUCAGUCCAAGAGCUGGAGAACGCAACGUUGACCUGCAAAGCGACUGGUCAUCCACCACCCAAAAUAACAUGGAGGAGGGAAGACCAUGAACCUAUACUCCUGAAGAAACCAUUGUCUCGAGAGUUUGAUAAAGUUGAGAGUUACGUCGGCAGCUCGCUGCCGCUGUGGCGAGUGGACAGACGGCAAAUGGGCGCAUUCCUCUGCAUUGCAUCUAAUGACGUGCCGCCCGCUGUCAGCAAGCGGAUCAUACUUCUAGUUAACUUUGCUCCAACGGUGAAAGUGCCAAAUCAGUUGCUCGGCGCCCCUCUAGGCACAGACGUGAAACUCAAGUGUUACGUGGAAGCAUACCCCAACACGAUCAAUUACUGGAUCAAGAAUAGAGGGGAGAUGCUCCUCGACGGACCAAAGUACACAAUUAGGGAGGAGAAAUCUUCGUAUAAAGUAUCAAUGUGGCUGACGAUCAGACAGUUCUCCAAGAGUGACAUCGGUACUUACAAUUGCGUCAGUACAAACUCCCUAGGGAAGAGCGAAGGAACGUUGAGGCUUUAUGAAAUAAAGCUCAACUCUUACUCCGAGGACUUUAGUAAUCAAAUCAGUGUCGCUGGAGGACCGCCAAAAUUGAAGUAUUGUUUACAUUUACCCGAUGUGAACUUAUCGCUCGAUUAUAAGACUGUUUACAAAGAAUAA